UAGGGAAUGCAGGGUCCGGGGAGGCCAGACAUAGGGAAUGCAGGGUCCGGGGAGGCCAGACAUAGGGAAUGCAGGGUCCGGGGAGACCAGACAUAGUGGAUGCAGGGUCCGGGGAGACCAGACAUAGUGGAUGCAGGGUCCGGGGAGGCCAGACAUAGGGAAUGCAGGGUCCGGGAGAUCGGAUAUACGGAUAUAGUGAAUGCGGGUCCGGGGAGAGCGGAUAUAUAGUGAAUGCGGGGUCCGGGGAGAGGGAUAUAGUGAAUGCGGGGUCCGGGGAGAGCGGAUAUAGUGAAUGCGGGGUCCGGGGAGAG